CCAACACCCUGGUGGCCAACAGCAGCAACUCCAACGGGCUGAAGCUGGACGCGGCAGAACCCGGAAAACCCAGGAGUGAAGAUGCCGUGGAACUACAGGUGAACGGGAAUCUGAUCCGCGAGCCUGAGCACCUGGACUCGAAGGAGGACGAUGCAGCGGGGCAGCUCAACAUGCGAGGCGUGUUUCUGCAUGUGCUUGGAGACGCCAUGGGGUCUGUGAUUGUGGUGGUCAAUGCCAUUCUCUUUUAUGUUUACUGGAAAGGUUGUCCUGAAGGGGAUGUCUGUGUGAACCCAUGUUUCUCUGACCCCUGCAAAACAUUUGUAGAACUGAUGAACAAAUCGCACCCAGAAGUUUCUGGGGCUGGGCCUUGCUGGGUGCUGUAUUUAGACCCAAGCCUUUGUGUUGUCAUGGUUUGUAUACUUUUUUACACAACUUACCCAUUGCUUAAGGAAUCUGCUCUUAUUCUUCUACAAACUGUUCCUAAACAAAUUGAUAUCAGAAAUUUGAUAAAAGAACUUCGAGAUGUUGAAGGGGUCGAGGAAGUUCAUGAACUGCAUGUUUGGCAGCUUGCUGGCAGCAGAAUCAUCGCCACUGCUCACAUAAAAUGUGAAGACCCAACCUCCUACAUGCAGGUGGCUAAAACCAUUAAGGACGUUUUCCAUAACCACGGAAUUCACGCGACCACCAUUCAGCCCGAAUUUGCUAGCGUAGGCUCCAAAUCGAGCUUGGUCCCGUGCGAACUCGCCUGCCGAACUCAGUGUGCCUUGAAGCAGUGUUGCGGGACGCGACCGCCAGCCCUCUCUGGCAAGGAUUCAGAAAAGGUCCCUUCAGUUAGCAUUUCUUGUUUAGAACUUAGCGACAAUCUGGAGAAGAAGCCCAAAAGGACUAAAAGUGAGAACAGCCCUGCAGUGGUGGUAGAAGUUAAAAAAGUGCCAAACAAACCCGAAUCAUCUUUGUGAGUCUUGAAAAAAAGAGGUGGUGUUUGACUUUUUUUGCUUUAAACUGCAAGAGGAAAAAGACUCCAUUGCAAUUCUGAGUUUGCCAAGCAGUGUAAUGGAAGUCCUUGUCUGGUCACAUUUAAUUCUAUUUUUGUAAGAACAUAAUGGGACUGCAUAACAGAGUUCUAUAUUACAGCUUUGUGAUUAUUAGCACACAGCACAGCCAUGCUGUAACAACUUUUGAAAGCCAGUUUGAACACUAUGUUACAUUUUUAUUGAAAGUAUAAACCUUAUAUAACAAUGACUUUUGAUUUCCAGUUUUCUCAUGACAAAAAUUAGGGGGAUAAAUAAAAUUGUUACUGGAAUUUCUCUGGUUUUCUUUCCCCCAUUGUUGUAUUUUGUUAGAAUUAUAAUUGCUAGACCUUUGAAAUCAGCACAUUUGUUUCCUUUGACGUUUUAAGGAAUGUUUACUUGCCCUUUGAUAUCAUUACAUAGCAUAAUGGCACCAUAUUUUGCGAGUGACUCAUGAGUAUUAGCAGGAAGUAAGAUCAGUUACUACUCUGUUCUGUGUUGCUGAGUAAUAAGCAGUGAGAUAAUUAACAAACAAUUACAGUUUACACAUAGUAGGGCAUGAAGGGGGUAAGAGCAAGAGCGUUCACCAGCGAAAUGUUGAAAUUAGUAUAUAUUAACAUUUGGAACGCAUCUCUAAAUAUUGAGAAUUUCAGUUCAUCUUGUUUUACCAAAGUUUGUCUGAAACAUGGACACAUUCACCAGCAUUACUUCUUUCAGAGACUGGUUUUAGAAACAUUGAGCUGAAAGUGUACUCACAAAAUAAAAUGCAAGCUAUUAACCUUUCAAAUUGCAUUGUUAAAAAACCUUAGUCAUUUUUGUAGUAAUAAUGGAUUCAAACAGCUUUGAGCACAACCAGCGGUGCUUGUGUGUUGCAGAGCCCCGGACUUGAGAGAAGAAAAUCAGAUGGCUAAUCAAUUUGCAUAUUAAAUUCUUAGCAAAAUAACUUGAAAAGAUGAAGAUUUGGAAGUCAUCGUGUCUUGACAUUGCUUAGUUCCUCCAGGGGCUAAUCUUGUAGGAUGUCACAAUAUCCACCCAAAAAAGUUUUUUUGGCUAUUUCGUUAUUGCUGUAGAUUUCGGAUCCAACACAAAUAUUUAAGGGUGUUAAGUUAUAUUUUUCUUGAGAAGAGUUACGCUUUGUAAAGAAAAUGUAGAUUUUGUCUUCAAAAGAAUGAGUACUAAUAUCAGUUAUGUAUAGCUCUAUUUUUCUAGAAACAAGGUAUUCUGACUACUUCAGUAACUUUUAUAACUGAGGACUUUUGGGAUGGCUACUUUUUGGGAUUUGAAGUAAUUCAUUGCUUAAUAGGUCUUAAGAUAAAAGUAUUGGGAUAUGACAGUAACUUUGAAAAGGGGUAAUCUUUUGUGGUAGAGAUGGUGUGUUCUUUCCCUGCUCUAAGCCUGUUGCUGGCAAUGGGCCUAUUUAAGAACAGCUCACUUUUUUUUUUCCAGUGACAAUGAGGUAAUUUAAGAACAUAGUUUGUGAAUUCACAUUUACUAUAAUGGGCCAAAACCGUAACCUGCCAAUUUGCAAUACAUCUUAAUCUUGUAAUGCUCAUAUCUGAUAUUGUGUAAUUCAGCUCUUUAACUAGUAGUUACUUUGAAUUUUGCAAAAAAGGUUGGGUUUGUUUGUUUGUUUGUUUGUUUGUUUGUUUGUUUUAAACCUGAAGUGGAAGAAUGUACCUGGGUGAAGGAGAGAAAGCUGCAAAUUGUACUGUGUCGUGUACACCGCUGGCUUAACACGUCGCAGAACACUUCAGUAGAAUCUAAGAACAGUCUGUCAUGUAAACAUCUCGGCAACCAUGCACCAGGGUAAGUGGUAAGAUGCGGUGCCCUCGGUGGGUUUUCUGUACAAAUGCUCUCUGGUCUGUGGGAAGGGUGCUGCGCCGCCUGGGGGUGAAGAUGUCACUCAGGUGAGGGUGUUGGAGAAGGAUGAGCGUGGAGUAAGGGCUAUGGCUUAUUUUUCAAAAGUGCUUUGAAGGUAGAGACUUUAGAUUUAGUUACUUCACUUUUCAUACUUUCUGAGUAGCUGAUCUGUCACACGGGUACCGCAGGAUUUUCUUUUUUUCGAAAGACUUUGUCAUAGCAGAAUCAGUGGGCACUGACUUAACCUUUUGAGUUUUAGCAAUUAUUUAUUUCUUUACAAUGCACUUUCUAACCCAUGUUUAGCUAUAUUAGCAUUAUCCUUAAAGAAAGAACAUGUUUUUAUAUUUAAAUAUUGUGGGAUUUACGUGACUUCUCCAAAAUAGCUUAUGAGAGAAAUACCCCUCAUCAUUAGGAGACUUAUGCCCAUUACUUAAAUAUGCUGUUCCAUACGCUGCAUCAGUUUUAGGGUUGCACCCCUCCUCCCGGCUCGUAUGUUUGAGCAAGGGCAGUGUAGAAUGUGUGUUGAGACAACUUGUCCAUUGUCUACAUUUAGUGAGAAGGAGGUGCUGCAUGUGAUUGAAUCAACACCAACCGGAAAACUUCAAGCCAAGUGCAGCCUCACUGAUGGGAAACUUAAUUCUCCAUUGUCAGCUUUUCGCUUGUGUGAUCAUUUUUUUCUUCCUGGAGAUUACUAUAUUGCAAAAAUAUGGGCUAGAACCUGACAAAAUCUUCAUUUUGCUGAAACUAAAUUGCUGAGUAACUUUAUCCAAAGGUGUGUAAGUUGUAUAGGGAAAAUUUCCAAGCACACCUUGGAAAAAAAAUCACAGUACUCAGAAGACUGUUAACAUGUUUGUGUCUUGUUGCUAUCUUCAGUUUUGAAUUUGGGAAAGUUUUGAGGGGAAAGAACCUAUGGAACCUACUGUGAAGUAUUUAGUAGGUUAACUGGUAUUGAGUUGAAGAUUUUUACUUUAUAAAGCAAAUGUUUGAAUGAUGAACAUGUCAUUAACCUGCUGUCUUAAGAUGUUCACACAUAUACAAGUAUGCAGAGUAAUUCUACAAUAUAAAAAUAAUUUAUUUUAAUACUGACUUUCAGUUAAGUUGACAAAACAGUGUUAAAACUCUUGGGAAGGUGGAAGGGUUUCUUUGUUUGUUUUUUAAGUUGAAACUGUCAUACAGUGUUUUACCGUGUUCUGAAAUGGCAAUUGUAAUAGCACUAUUUUGAUGUAGCUCUACCGAUAAUAUGGCAAUGCUAUUUUGUUCUACUAACAAGUUCUGGAAUAUUGAGCAGUCAUUUUCACCGGCACAAAAGCCUUUUGUAUGUUAUUCAAUUUAAAUUUUUAAACCAAAAAUUUUAUGGUUCAGUGACUUUGGCCAAAAGAUGCCGAAGGGAAUGUAACAUACAAUGACUAUGUAGUUAUAUAUAAAAAGACACAAAAUGCCAUGCUAUGGUUCUGCCUUGAAACAGCACAAUGAAAUGUAUCGGUGUCUUCUGUGAUUCUUUAUGAAACUUCCAUAUUGUGUUGUUCUUGUGUCUGCUGUUGCCUGCCUUUGGGUCAGACCUGGCACAGUUAAAUGCAGUUAUCAUCUCAUUAAACGCAGAUGCAGAUAAAAUGUCUUAGUGCUGCAACAGUUUACCUUUUUGUAUGUUUUAUGACUAUGUUAUUUUCCAAAGCUGUUCCUACCUCACCAUGAGGCUUUAUGGAUUGUUAUGUAUUAUAAAUGUUCUAUAUGAGACAGACUACUGUGUUUCUUCUCAUUUAUUGAAAGUUAAGUAGAAAAAUAAACUAAUUUUAAUAUCCA